UGUGCGCCAAAAUCUCGAAACCAGUGGAGAGACUUCCGGUGUUGGUUGCCGAAUGAAAAAGAUUGCCUUAUUAUUUACGACAUUUUGAAGAUAACGAUUUCGCUGAAGCAAGCAGAUAAUACUGAAUGUUCAACACAUUAGCGAUAAUUAGAUAUCAAUGCAUCUACAGAAAUUAGUCCCGCUAGCAACAGUCGCAAUAAAUUACUCAACGGUAGAUCUAUUCAUCAAUUGCGGCAUUCCUCAAAGGUUUUCUCCCCAAAGUCCAACUUUCUGGUAAACGAUAUGUCUCGUGGAGACGUAGCUGUCAUUUUACCUGCAGGUGGUAUCGGUGCUCGCAUGGGCCAAAUGCCAUGUGGGCCCAAACAACUGAUACCCAUCAAUGGUCGGUCGAUUUUAGCUCACACCAUCGCGGGAAUGAGGCUGGUCACCAGGGUUCAACUCAUUGUUGUAGUUACUUCUGAACAACUCCUCGAUAGAGUCUGCGCUGACGUGAACAAUUUGCUCAACGAAGAUGACCUGCCAUGUGCAGCUGGCCCCCCAGAAGCACGGCUGCUCUGUGAGGAAAGUGACGGCAGAACUUCGCUAAAAGGAGCGGCUUCCGUAGAAGUUAUUUGCCGCCCAGCGAGUGCCAUUGACUCACGUCACUCAUCGAUUGCUCACGGGGUGGAGCACCUCCGAAACAGAGGCUAUCUCUUCGUUAUAGUGCAUGAUGCUGUCAGACCUGUCAUCCCGAUUAAGUUGAUCGAAGAGUUGUUAUGCGCAGCGGAAGAGUACGGCGCAGCCGGUUUCUGGGUCCCGUUGGUGUCAACGGUUUUACGGAUUGAUGCCAAUGGGCUUGUAGAAGACACCAUUCCUCGGUAUACGGAUGAAAAAGGAAGAUUAUAUGUCAAUUCAGAAAUGCCGCAAAUAUUCAAGUAUCCUAUCCUAGCCAAAGCUUAUUCCCUUUGUGAUGAGCACCAACUCCUCCAUGGCACAGAAUGCCUUGAACUCGUUCGCAGGUAUUGUGGUGUACGAGCAAAAAUGCUUAAAGGAGACCCCGAUCUCCUCUGGAAGGUAACUCGGCCUAGUGAUAUUAUCUUAGCGGAAAGCAAACUAAAGCCACCGAAGCAGAAACCGUUGCCAUAAACUGAAAUACA